AUGAUCACGCCAGGAGCCAACACUGGUGGUGGUGGUGGUGGUGGUGGUGGUGGUGGUGGCGGCGGUGGUGGUGGUGGUGGUGGUGGUGGUGGUGGUGGUGGUGGUGGUGGGAUUGCGGCAGUUAACCGCUCGGAUGCGAACGGACAGGCGAUCAUCGAGCCCACAGCGAUGAAUGCGGCAGUUGUUCAGUAUGCUAGACAUGUGAUUGCGUGUGAACUGUGUCUUCUAAAUACUGCGUCCAUGUUUGCUACUGUCUUUAUUUAUGGAUUUGAGUGAGUAUCCGAGGAGAAGUGAGAGUCAAGUUCUCAUUGGUACGAGUAAACUUCCUGCUCCUAAACCACACAACAAAUGCCUUGGGACGGACUCGAACCGCUUACCACUCCGGCUUUAGUCGAUUGUCUUAACAGGCAAACAAUCAGCCCCAGCCGCCGGCUGCUUGAAAUUAAUUGAUCCCAUGUCUAAAGUGAGCGAAAAUGGUGCAGUGUUGAAUUUUCUAUAGUUAGCUGCGGUUUUUUGGUAGCACAGACGGCAAAUAAUUCAAGAGGAGUCGGAGGAUCCGGUGGUACGAGUUCGUCUGUCAACGAAACCUUCCACGAGAUGAGAAGCCCACAAUUCCUGUACUUUGAAACACUGAAAAUGUAAUUGCUACUUAAUGUCACCUGCCUCGAAGCUCUAAAUUUUCGAUAUACCAUCCGAAGCCUAAUGCGUUCGUUUUGCAAUGCGAAGGUCCCAAAACUGAUUUUCACUCGAAAAAGGGACUUUCCGCAAAUACAAUCUGCAGCCGCACUCAGUGAUGAAGUGGUAAUAUUGGAAAGAUAUUCUCACGUACGAUAUCGCCAGACGAUAUUAAUCGCCCGGAAAAUAUCCUCUCUUCUCCUACAUGGUGGUGUAUUUGGAAGAAGACGUAAAUAAGAAGGAAGCAUGAAACCCUUGAGUAAGCGCUGAAUGAUUACCAAAUGUACAUCUUUUUAGAUGCGCGCACAAUAAUUUCUUUUCCCAAACUGAUAAUUUUGGUGGUGUCAGUUCCUACAAAUUUCGUCAUUACAAACCCCCGGGUUGACGAUUUUAACUCAGACAUUCAUAGAAUGUUUAUUAAGUAUAUUUGACCCCACAAACGGAUCACGUGAUAGAUGCGAUGGACCAACAUGGGGCAUAUCGGAUCGUGGCAGGCGUUAUCGGAUUUGCGUACCAUAAUAAAUGUUAACAUUUCGGAGUGCAGUAGCAGACCCAGUUGCCGGCAGACGUCGAACAGUCCGGGAUCCCUGUCGCCCCCCAUGGUUGUCGUUGGUUAAAAACCUGGUCAUUUGCUAUGGGGACCAGGGGAUGUGGCGUGCAGUACCAAAGUGCAGGCUCAACCGUGCCACCCACCUGCGCUCUCCCCCGCCUCCGGUCUUCUUGACGCGGUCUUGACACCGGCCCAGUGUUGUGUGUUUGUGUGGAGUGACCGACUGGUGGUCCACGAGGCAGGCUGCAAUGACUCCUUCUUAAUGUGACUUUCAUGGCACUACCUCUCCUUGAGAUUCGAACCAGGUGUGACGGCACGCCUAGGUGCGGUUUCGAUCGCGACAGUCAACUUUUUGGUUAAGAUCCUGGUCAUUUGCUAUUUGAACUAGGGAAUGUGGAAUGGAGUGCCAAGGCGCAGGCUCAACCGUGCCAUCCAACUGCGCUCCCCCCGCCUCCGGUUUUCUUGACUCGGUCUUGACACCAGGUCUAGGUAGGGGAGGGUAAGAGUUCGGUAGAUGCUGUGCAAAUCUACAAUCAAUAUAAAAUAAUCUACGCAGUCACCGUUCCUGUUUAGCCUUGCCAUGUAGCACACGGUGGACAUCAUCGACAAUGACGGUCGAAGUACCGCGUACUCAAUCUUCAGACGAAAAUAUCCGAUUUUAUUAACGCAAUAUCCGACAGAUGCGCACUUGACUCUCCAUUCGUUCUCGAAGGAAAGGUCACGUUGGCUGAAUGAGGUGAAUGGGACCAGCAGAAUAUACUACAAAAUGGUUAUUAUCCUGUUCUUGUCCAGUUGGUAGACAAUGACCACAAAAGCAACUCUUUGGCUAUCAUUAGCGUUUAAUUGGUUCAUCAGAUGUCUGUACAGCAGUGCCUAUUAACUACAGUGAAGGCGAUAAUAACCUACCUACACAACGCGAUCCUGUGUGCGCCUAAGUAUUUCCUCCAAACGCCCUAUUUGAUGAAACCCACAAUUAAUCUAAUGGGGGCUGGCAAGCGGCUUGGCCCUAGGAUUUGGAAACACGGAUUUCUCACACAUCCCCUCACCGACUCAGAAACAUUUCCAACGGCAUAUUGCAGUCUAACCGAUUGCCCCCCCCCCUUUUCGGUUUGCCCUCCGACUCGAACUUGCUAUACACAGGUCUCACGAUAGCUUGUGUAACCUUGCCAUCUGCACCAUUAAAUGGUGUCUUCUGUGCAAAUAAACUGGAGUCACUAGUUGACUGUCUAUUAUUUACCAUCUUAUAAUAAUAUUGCAUUUGGAAAAGUAAUGACACCUCAUCUCGCGGUAAACGUGGUUUGAGGAGUUGAUUUGCGAAAAGCAGGUAAGCGAAAGCACAAUACCGAAAUGUUUACCGAAGUGUCCAGACUGCUAGUUGAUGGAAGAGGCAGGCCGCAGUGAAGAGUUUGUCCAGUGUUAGGAACACCACGUACGCAUAUUCUCUCCCCGGUCGAGCGAUUCCCUGUAUCUAAACUUCGUUGCGAGAAGGAUUUACAUUCGAUUAUGGAAGUGAAAACUUAGCUCAACUUCUUUAAUUAAUGAACCGCAUGGAUAACAGGUAUCGCCUAGAAGCAAGAGACUUUGCUGCAAAAGUUACUUUGCUAACAUUCAAGUAAAAUGAAGCACGAGCUCCCACCAGAACGUUCAUAGGCUAAAGGUAAUGCAGACAUAUUAUGUUUGGUAGUCUUGAGUUAAACUGACCAGCGGCCCAACAGUCUUGGCCGGCUACUAUCCGUCUUCAGAAAUAAGCGUAGUAAUUCAUAUGAAACGUCCGGUAACUACUUCCACUACUCAUUGAACAAUCCGUUUUUUCUUUUUCCUAUUCUUCAUUAGAUGUUUUACAUGUACACUUGAGAAAUUAGGAUUUAACAGCAGGCGUUGUUUUAAUCCUCACGUCUCCUCCGUUGGUAACACCUGCUCAUUUUAGUCAGUGACAAUCAUAAAUUGUCUAACCCCAACUGCUAUUGUCAUUGGCCAACGACUUACAUGAGGCGUAAUUAAAGACCAUGCAGAAAAUACGCUUAUUCAAAUGGACGGAGGUUUAAAUCGAAGGAGCUAGUCGGAGUCGACAUCGAAUGUGCUAUUUCAAAGGCCGUAAAAGGAAUGCAUGAUGAAAGAUCGUCGGCGGCGAUAGCAGAAGGCUAAAAAUCAUUGAGUUUACUUACAAAAAUAGAAGGCAAAAAAGGAGGAGUGCAUCAACGAACUGAACGAAUUUAAUGGACGUGACUGCUCAUCGAAGAAGGAUUCAGGGGCAGAAAAUACAUGGAUUGGCAACUGACAAGAGACUGUCUUCUUUUCAAAAUUUCCCACGCUGAUUGGUUGACACUCCGUGAAUUCAAAGGGCGUUUCCUUGAGUGAGUGAUGCCUGCGUAAGCUGGGAAACGUGUAAGUCAUCAGGAAAUUUGACUCGGAAACCAGAAAAACCGUGGUAAAUGGUGAGACAGGAAAGGAACUCACAUGUGUUUGCGGUCGUGCCAGGACCAUGAGCUUUACAACAAAUAACAAUCCGACGGGACAAGCGUUCAGUUCAGUUCAGCCUAUGUUCUUGAGGAAAGUAGGCUUGCUAUGUACACGUGGGCAAUUAGGACUUAACAGCAGGCGUUGUUUUAAUCCUCACGUCUCCUCCGUUGGUAACACCUGCUCAUUUUAGUCAGUGACAAUCAUAAAUUGUAUAACCUCAACAGCUACUGUCAAUGGCCAACGACUUACCUGAUGCGUAAUUAAAUACAAAGUAGGAAAUACGCACAUUCAAAAGGAAUCGAGGUCAGUACUGCUGCCUCGCAUCCGGCGACUUCUUUGAACUGGUCACCACUACUAGCUUGAGAGGACACCCUCUGGAACUACGUGUGACAGGAGCGAAACUGAACGCAAGGAGGUCCUUCUUCAGCCACAGAGUGGUAAAGGCAUGGAAUGCCCUGCCUGUGAACGUCAUCAUGUCCUCAUCCGUGGACUCAUUUAAGAGAAAGCUUGACCAGUACAGGGAUAUGUACCUCCACAGCAUCAGAAAGUAACAAAAUUCCCCCCCCCCCUGUUCCACUCGCCCCACCCAACGUUUUAUGUUACAAAGUAUGCUACUCCCUAUAUUUUAGUAACAUUACGUUUUACAAUUUUCGCUAUCUCCUGACCGCAGCAUAUGCGCUUGCUCCGAUAUUACUUGGUCCAUUCAGUGCCGUACUGGUUAUUGUACAAUUUUGACAUAGAAGGCAUUCACAGACAAAUUUAUACCAGUGACCAAUGCUUGUUGUAUGUAAGGACUUACCUAAUUUUUUUCACAUUUGCCUUACACAUUGUUUUUUUAUGACGUUAUUGUAACCAAAAGGGAGUUCAAAGGCGCUCGCCUACCUUGCCCUUAAUAAAUCUGAUCUGAGCUAUUCAGAGUCGACAUCGGUGGAGUGCGUCGAAGAAACUGAACGAAUUUAAUGGACAUGACCACUCAUUGAAGAAUGAUUUAAGGGCAGAAAAUACGUGGAUUGGCAACUGACAAGAGACUGUCUUCUUUUCAAAAUUUCACACGUUGAUUGGCUGACACUCCGUGAAUUCAAAGGACGUUUCUUUGAGUGCGUGAUGCCUGGGUAAACUGGGAAGCGUGGAAUUCAUCAGGAAAUUUGACCAGAAAACCAGAAAAACUGUGGUAAAUGGUGAGACAGGAAAGGAACUCACAUGUGUUUGUGGCCGUGCCAGUACCCUGAGCUUUACAACAAAUAGCAACCCGACGGUACAAGCGUUCAGUUCAGUUUAGCCUAUGUUCUUGAGGAAAGUAGGCGUGAACCGUUAAGUACCCCAGUUGCAACGUAAAUUGGAUGCAGUCUAUAUAGAAACCAUAGGGGGGACGAGGGUCUUAGGUGAUUAGUUAGCGUCUGUCAGACAGGCGUAUAUACGCAGGUUAAUUCACAGCCGGUAAGACUCAGACUUGGACACGAGUGUUUCAUGCUGCUACGGCUGCUGCUGCAGCUGAUGAUGAUGAUGAUGGUGAUGAUGAUGAUGGUGGUGGUGGUGUUGGUGAUGAUGACGACGACGACGACGACGACGACGACGAUGAUGAUGAUGAUGAUGAUGAUGAUGAUGAUGAUGAUGAUGAUGAUGAUGAUGAUGAUGAUGAUGAUGAUGAUGAUGAUGAUGAUGACUACGUUGAUGAAGACCAGCAGUUCAUGUAA